AUGCCGCCCAAGAUUGCCGCGGACCAGCAGGCGCCGCAGGAGAAAAAGUCCCGGUCCGAGCAGCGUAUCGGCGCCUACAAAGUCAUCCGCACGCUGGGCGAGGGAUCCUUCGGCAAGGUUCGCCUGGCCAUCCACAAUGGCACCGGCCAGCAGGUGGCCCUCAAGAUCAUCGCCAGAAAGAAGCUCAUCAGCCGGGACAUGGCCGGCCGAGUCGAGCGCGAGAUUGAGUAUCUCCAGCUGUUGCGGCACCCGCACAUCAUCAAGCUCUAUACCGUCAUCAAGACGCCCACCGAGAUCAUCAUGGUCCUUGAAUACGCUGGCGGCGAGCUUUUCGACUACAUCGUCCAGAACGGCCGUAUGAAGGAGGCCGAGGCUCGCCGUUUCUUCCAGCAGAUGAUUUGCGCUGUCGAAUACUGUCAUCGCCACAAGAUUGUCCACCGAGAUCUCAAGCCCGAAAACUUGCUGCUGGAUGAGAAUCUCAAUGUCAAGAUUGCCGACUUUGGUCUUAGCAAUAUUAUGACUGACGGCAACUUUCUCAAGACGAGCUGCGGCAGUCCCAACUAUGCAGCUCCCGAGGUUAUUGGCGGAAAACUCUACGCCGGCCCAGAAGUCGACGUGUGGAGCUGCGGUGUUAUCCUCUACGUCCUUCUUGUUGGCAGAUUGCCCUUUGACGAUGAGCAUAUUCCUAGCCUCUUUGCCAAGAUUGCCAGAGGCACGUAUAGCAUGCCCCAAUGGAUGCCGCCUGGCGCAGCAACCUUGAUCAAGGGCAUGUUGGUGGUCAACCCGGUCCAGCGCAUAACUAUCGACGAGAUCCGGGCUGAUCCAUGGUUCAACAUUGAAUUGCCGCCCUACCUACAACCACCCGUAGAAGAAUUCUUCCACACUGGUGUCGAUCCUAACAAGGCAAUCAAAAAGAGCGACAUUGCGCCGAAUGCCCCGGAAAAGGUCCAGGAGAAGCUGCACAAUGAGGUUACAGAAAAGAUUAGCAAGACCAUGGGUUACGGCAAGGACGAUGUUGAGGAGGCUCUUCAAUCCGAAGAGCCUUCUGCCAUCAAGGACGCGUAUAUGAUUGUCCGAGAAAACAAGCUCAUGCUGUCAAGUAAUCCAGAAUCUGGCCUUGCUGGUGAGGAAGGCAGCAGCCCUAUGAUGAGCAUAUCGUCUGCGCGAUCUGCCAUCUCACCGGGAGGUGCCUCUCCCCGUCCCUACGUCAACAAAGUCGGUAUCCUACCCAGCAGUAUCCCGGCCUAUCACAAGGACUACAUGGAGAGGGAAAAGAGUGGUGUUAACCACGAUCUUCCUCCUCCCCUGGCCAUUAAUGACGAGUUGCCUGGUACCCGUACAGAAGCUGAAAAGGAAGAGGCAGCACGGCGUCUUAAUCCUCACGCACGCUCUACUGUACGACUGGACGAAUCUAGCAAGCGCCCGCAAGGGAUGACGCCGAUCAAUACGCCAGCUAAGAAAUCCAAGCCUGUGCGCUGGCAGUUCGGCAUUCGAUCUCGCAAUGCGCCCUGGGAGGCGCUCCUAUGUAUUCACAAAGCAUUAUUCAAACUUGGCGCAUCUCAUCUUCGCGAUGAAGGCUAUAAUGAGUUGCAUGGCAUACGAAACGAAGACCCUGCGAAUGACACUGAAAGCUCCGCCAACGGCGCUCCUUUAGAGCGCGAGUCUAGAGAUGGCACUGUUGACCCAACUAAAUUGUACAAACUACCCGCCGACCCAUGGCAUAUCCAAGUCAGAUGGCCAUCAACAGAUUUACAAAGAGAAGCAGAGCGCUCCAAUGAAGCUGAACCCGAAGCUGGAUCCAAGAGCGGCUCUCUGGACAGCUUCCAUGUCUACUCUCCGAAAAAUCCGGCGUCACGAAAGGACUUUGUUGCUCUACAUAUGGACAUUCAAAUCUACACGAUGGAGCAAGGAGUCUUCCUUGUAGACUUUAAAUGCUCUGGCUAUGAAACCCAGGACGGAUAUCUGCUCGAAGAGAAGGAAGUCACCAGUCCUUUUCCGUUCUUGGAUCGGGCGGCGCAGCUGAUUAUGCAGCUGGCAGAUGCUGACUAGGAAUCUGAGUCGCGUUGAGAUUUGCCCGACCAGUGACUAGCUGGACUACUCUCUAUGGUUGGUUCAUUUUACAGAAUCAGAGGAAGGCAUAAGAAUAACAAAUAUAGAUAUAUGUCAUCAUUGCCUUUCGAUGUCAUGUCGGGCAUUCUAUGGCUUAUUCUUCUCUCUUGAAGGGGUAUCCAAGCUUGGGUCUGCCAUCAUUCUUCUCCUCAGCACCCUCUGCUUCAUUUACCCCCUUUUUUGUUAUUGUUAUUUAAUUUCAUCGUCUGCAAAUAUCUAGGCAGGCGUAAUUGGUUUAGACUUUGGUGUGCAAUAUUACUGCUUUGUUAAAAAGCGCAAUGCGGGCGAGUAAGGACCGGGGACAUCCUUGGGUUGGCCGGGAUUGGCGUCUGGUGUCUCGACAACGACAGUGGCCCAACAUUGAUCGUCAAUGCCAUGAUAACUCGCCUGCUGUUCAUUUUUUUUCUUUUAGCUAAUGGGUUUUUUGAAUUCACAGGACUAGUAUGGAACACAAGUACAUAUUUUAAUUUAAAAAAAAAAGAAAUUGCAUUACUAUGGUUUUGG